GCGGGCGGUCCCGGAGCCCAGCGCGCGGCCCGGGAAGGAAGGAGGCCAGCAGCGGCCGCGGCCGCGUGCUCAGCCUGUCCCCGCCCUGGGACCCGGAGCCUCCAACUAACUCCGCCCGCCGCCCGCGGGCUCCCGCUUCCGUCCCGGGAAGAGCCUGCGGCCGCGCAGGUCCAGAGGCCAAUAAUAUCACACAGGAGAAAUGCCUUUUGUUAAAUGACCAAACACACCUUUGUUGACACAUUGGACAUCAACAAAACAUUCCGUGGUCUGGUGAUAGAUUUUGGAUUAAGGUAUUUGAGAGCGACCUUGAGCUGGCUACCAGGAAUCCAAUGGAAGUUUUAAAGUCACCUUCGAUUGAGUCAGUUCAGUGACAAGGAGCCCAACAGAGCCUGAGCCCUCUGAACUGAAGUUUGAACUGUACUGACCCUUCGUGAAGUCAGUCCUCAGGGGCUGUCCUGCAUGCAUACUAGACCUAGGACCUGGGUUUGGUGGUGAAUAGUCUCAGACUUUCAGGCACCUCUCUGCCUCUGUAACUAGCAAGUUAAUAUGGUAGCCGGCCAUUUGUUUACUUUGUAUCUCCUUCAUAGCAGACAUGGUACUUACUUAGUUCUGUGAGAGUGUCUGGAGUUAGAUGAUGGUUUCCGACUAUUGUUUUAAAAUUACUGUUAGCAUUGUGAAGGUUUUGAGUGGUCACAUUUUCAGCAGUGAUAAUUAACUUUGUCCAUGUUGCUGUGAGACUAUUGUAUGUAAAACAAUUGAAAAGGACAUCUUGUUUCCUAGUGUGUCUUUUGUUCAGCAGCUCAGUAUAGUUUGGACCUACUAUAGAAGCAUGCAGACCAGAAGGUUAAACUAAAUUUUUUUGAAAGCUGCAUUUUUAUCUUGUAAAUGAAAUACAACUUUUUCCCAAGUAGGUAUUAGAAAUGCAUGAAUUUAUUAGACAGAGAAGAGAAACUUGUAUCUCUCCAACACUGGGGUUUUAAGACUAUUUUGAAGUUGUUAAGUACAAAUAUUUUAGUAAAUAAUAUCAGGUCUAGUAUUUGUGCGCUAAAAGUCAUCUGAGUUGCAUGGAAUUGGCUGCUAACCUCAUCUGGCAAAUACUGAUGAUUGCCAUAAAAAUCAAACAUUUUAACCUCCCUUUACUGUUGGAAUUUUUGUAGACCCUUCACAGUGACUUUAAGAGCAUCAGUACUGAAGCCUAAUUCUCAAUUUCUGGGCGAAGAUUCACCAUGGUGAAUAAUUGACAAAGGUUUCUCAGCUGUCCAGGGCUAAUACAUUCAUGUGACUGUUAGUGUUAGCCUCAAAUGGAGUCCUGCAUCUUUUCUUGCCACCAUACUCUCUGCAACCAAACCACAUCAACUCUGGGCUCGAGCUCAGGCGACAUCUUGAAAUUAGCUUGUAUAUGUUGCUUGUGAGCUCCUCCUGGCUUCACAAUCCUUCUGGACACAGAAUGGAUGGCAAGAAGGCUCUGCUGCUUCCUAGGUGUUGGUUGACAUGAGCUGUAUCACCUGCCUGAGGUUCCGAAUGAUGACUGACGCGGGUCUGCGCGAUAGCCCUCACAGCCCCUGGCGUUGUGAGCGAUAAGGACCCUGCUCAUCCAGCCCUGUGGCUGCACCGGCUCCCGGACGCUCUGGAGGGCGGGCGGCUCCCGCGGGCGGGCGGAGCGGACUCCAGCGCCGCUUCCCACGCGUCCGGAGCGGACGGAGCGGACCUGGCUGGCCGCGCAUCGCCCUCGCCUGGGGCCAUGAAGUAGCUGCGGCCGCCAGCCUUGCCCUCCCGCUGGCCCGGCCACUGCCCGCUGCCCCGGUCCUGCGCGGACAUGGCCGGACGCGCCCGCAGCCGCCUGCUGCUGCUGCUGGGGCUGCUCGCCUUGCAGAGCAGCUGCCUGGCCUUCAGAAGCCCACUUUCUGUCUUUAAGAGGUUUAAAGAAACUACCAGAUCAUUUUCCAAUGAAUGCCUUGGUACCACCAGACCCAUCACUCCUAUUGAUUCUUCGGAUUUUACACUGGAUAUUCGCAUGCCUGGGGUCACACCUAAAGAGUCUGACACGUACUUCUGCAUGUCCAUGCGUCUGCCUGUGGAUGAGGAAGCCUUCGUGAUUGACUUCAAGCCUCGGGCCAGCAUGGACACUGUCCACCAUAUGCUGCUGUUUGGAUGCAACAUGCCCUCAUCCACUGGGAGUUACUGGUUUUGUGAUGAAGGAACCUGUACAGAUAAAGCCAAUAUUCUAUAUGCCUGGGCAAGAAAUGCUCCCCCCACCCGGCUCCCUAAAGGUGUUGGAUUCAGAGUUGGAGGGGAAACUGGAAGCAAAUACUUCGUCCUUCAAGUUCACUAUGGGGACAUCAGUGCUUUUCGAGAUAAUCACAAAGACUGUUCCGGUGUGUCCUUACAUCUCACACGUGUGCCACAGCCUUUGAUUGCGGGCAUGUACCUUAUGAUGUCUGUCAACACUGUUAUACCCCCAGGAGAGAAAGUAGUGAAUUCUGACAUUUCGUGCCAUUACAAAAUGUAUCCAAUGCAUGUGUUUGCCUACCGAGUCCAUACUCACCAUUUAGGUAAGGUAGUGAGUGGAUACAGAGUAAGAAACGGACAGUGGACGCUGAUUGGACGCCAGAGCCCCCAGCUGCCACAGGCUUUUUACCCAGUGGAACACCCAGUAGAUGUUGCUUUUGGUGAUAUACUGGCAGCCAGAUGUGUGUUCACUGGUGAGGGGAGGACCGAAGCCACCCACAUCGGCGGCACAUCUAGUGAUGAAAUGUGCAACUUGUACAUUAUGUAUUACAUGGAAGCCAAGCAUGCAGUUUCCUUCAUGACCUGUACACAGAAUGUGGCUCCAGAUAUGUUCAGAACUAUCCCAGAAGAGGCCAAUAUUCCAAUUCCUGUAAAAUCCGACAUGGUUAUGAUCCAUGGGCAUCACAAAGAAACAGAAAACAAAGAAAAGAGUGCUUUAAUACAGCAGCCAAAGCAGGGAGAGGAGGAAGCCUUCGAGCAGGGUGAUUUCUAUUCACUACUUUCCAAGCUGCUAGGAGAAAGGGAAGAUGUUGUUCAUGUGCACAAAUAUAAUCCUACAGAAAAGACAGAAUCUGGGUCAGACCUGGUAGCUGAGAUUGCAAACGUAGUCCAGAAAAAGGACCUUGGUCGGUCUGACGCCAGAGAGGGAGCGGAGCAUGAGGAAGGGGGUAAUGCUAUCCUGGUCAGAGACAGGAUCCACAAAUUCCACAGGCUAGAGUCAACCUUGAGGCCAGCUGAGAGCAGAGCUCUAUCCUUCCAGCAGCCUGGUGAAGGUCCUUGGGAACCAGAACUCGCAGGAGAUUUCCAUGUGGAAGAAGCACUGGAGUGGCCUGGAGUGUACUUGUUACCAGGCCAGGUUUCUGGGGUGGCCCUGGAUUCUAAGAAUAACCUUGUGAUUUUCCACAGAGGUGACCAUGUUUGGGAUGGAAACUCUUUUGACAGCAAGUUCGUUUACCAACAAAGAGGUCUUGGACCAAUUGAAGAAGAUACCAUCCUGGUCAUUGACCCAAAUAAAGCUGAAAUACUCCAGUCCAGCGGCAAGAAUCUGUUUUAUUUACCGCAUGGUUUGAGCAUAGAUACAGAUGGAAAUUAUUGGGUCACGGAUGUGGCUCUCCAUCAGGUGUUCAAAUUGGAACCACGUAGCAAAGAAGGCCCUCUCUUAGUUCUGGGAAGGAGCAUGCAACCUGGCAGCGACCAAAAUCAUUUCUGCCAGCCCACUGAUGUGGCGGUGGAGCCCAGUACUGGAGCUGUCUUCGUGUCAGAUGGUUACUGCAACAGUCGGAUCGUGCAGUUCUCACCAAGCGGGAAGUUCAUCACUCAGUGGGGAGAAGAGUCUUCUGGGAGCAGUCCUAAGCCAGGGCAGUUCAGUGUUCCUCACAGUUUGGCCCUUGUGCCUCACCUGAACCAGUUGUGUGUGGCCGAUAGGGAAAAUGGCCGGAUCCAGUGUUUCAAGACUGACACCAAAGAAUUUGUGAGAGAGAUUAAGCAUGCGUCAUUUGGAAGGAAUGUCUUUGCAAUCUCAUAUAUACCAGGUUUCCUCUUUGCAGUAAAUGGGAAGCCUUACUUUGGAGACCAAGAACCCGUGCAAGGAUUUGUGAUGAACUUUUCCAGUGGGGAAAUUAUAGAUGUUUUCAAACCAGUUCGCAAGCACUUUGACAUGCCUCAUGAUAUUGUGGCUUCUGAAGAUGGGACUGUGUACAUUGGCGACGCACACACAAACACCGUGUGGAAGUUCACCCUCACUGAAAGCAGGCUGGAAGUGGAGCAUCGAUCAGUUAAAAAGGCUGGCAUUGAGGUCCCGGAAAUCAAAGAAGCCGAGGCAGUUGUUGAACCCAAAGUGAAGAACAAACCCACCUCCUCAGAAUUGCAGAAGAUGCAGGAGAAAAAGAAACUGAUCAAAGAUCCAGGCUCGGGAGUGCCUGUGGUUCUCAUUACAACCCUUCUGGUUAUCCCUGUGGUUGUCCUGCUGGCCAUUGCCAUGUUUAUUCGAUGGAAAAAAUCAAGGGCCUUUGGAGCAGAUCAUGACCGAAAGCUCGAGUCGAGUUCUGGAAGAGUACUGGGAAGACUCCGAGGAAAGGGAAGCAGCGGCUUAAAUCUAGGAAAUUUCUUUGCAAGCCGGAAAGGCUACAGCAGAAAAGGGUUCGACCGAGUGAGCACAGAGGGGAGUGACCAAGAGAAGGACGAAGAUGAUGGAAGUGAGUCUGAAGAGGAGUACUCGGCUCCGCUGCCCACUCCUGCACCUUCCUCCUGAACUCCAGCCUUCCUUCCGUGGAGCUCGAGUGAGGUUUACGGAGGUGCCCAGAUUCCUUUCCCUUUAACGCGUGUAAAGUUCUGUGCAUUUGAUUGUAAACUGUACUCGUCCGUGUGGAACUGUACACACCUUAGUUACUUCAUUUGGCUCCGUUGGCUUGUGUUUCUAGGUGAGGAGUUUCCUACCAGUUCACUCCAGUGCCAUUGUCUUUAUAUGAACGUAGUGUAGAGAAGCUGCCCUCCUCUUCCAUGGUAGCGCUCAAAGCCCUAAUGGAAGUUUAGCUCAUUUACAUUUGGAGACCCUUUUGGUUUUUUGGUUUUGGUUUUGGUUUGGUUUUUUUUUUUUUUUUUUUUUUUUUUUUUUUGUGGAUGUAAAUAGCCCUAUUCUCUGCUUGAACACAGUAUUCUCCCAGUCCACACCCAUUGCCAGUGUCUUUCUUUGGUGCCUUUCCUGUUCAGCAUUCUCAGCCUGUGGCAGUAAAGAGAAACUUUGCUACACAACAAAAAGCUGCUAAAUCUCCCUCUAUUUUUUUAAAAUCACUAACAUUAUAUUGCAAUGAGAGAAAUUUUAAAAAGUCUCUAUUUAAAUUCUUUUUUUAAAUUUCUCUUCAGUUGGUGUGUUUCCGGGAUGUCUUAUUUUUAGAUGGUUACACUGUUAGAACACUAUUUUUCAGAAUCUGAAUGUAAUUUGUGUAAUAAAGUGUUUUCAGAGCAUUAGCA